AUGGAGGGCCAUCUCUCUUCAAGAAGGAUGUCUGGGGAGCGAGCUUUCCUGAAACUGCCCCCACUAGGAAAGUGUCAGAAAGUUAACUCCUAUAACGAGGAGGAGGAUAUCUACAAAAUGUUUAUAAAACUAUCCAGACUUCACUGCAAACUGCAGGAUCCACUGAAGGAGCUGCUCUAUCAGUGCGCUAGUGAGGAGGAAGGAGAAUGUUUCCACAGCUUCAGCUUUGAAAAUCUUUUAACCGGUAAGGGGCUACACCGUGAGCUUUAUUUUUCACCAGAGCCAGACCACGUACCACUCUGGAAAAGAAACAUUUCCAACAGGCUUGCUGAGAAAUACACGCAAUUCAGAUUUACUUUAAAGGACACCCCGAUGUCAGCAGUAAUUGUAAGAUGGACAAAAAGAAACAUAUUAGCAUCAUUUGACUAUCACUCAGUUAUUGAAGAACUAUCAAGAUUUGGUGCUAUUGAAUCCGUGACUCCUUCUGGAAGACAAACAGCUGUAGUUAUAUUCAAAGACAUCAUUUCAGCAUGUAAAGCAAUGAAAGCUUUCCCAGCCAACAACCCAGGCAGAAGGAUCCAGUGUGUUUGGCAUCACAAAUUCAUGUCUGAAUACAGAAUGUCAGGCCACAGAAAGAUAGAACUUACAAGUUAACAACAUUUUUAUUAAAUU